CUACAAGUGUUUAUAUGAAAUGUCGAAAACUUAAAUAGUUUCAUCUCGGCGUUUAGGGUAAAUGUAAAUGCCCCGGGCUACGAAAGAAAACAGAAGUUGGAGGACUAGAAAGAGGAUGUACCUCAGCAACUGCAUCAGCUGUGUGCCCGGGGGUGCCGCCUUCUGGCCACACCUCACUGGCGACAGCGUCACCGGACUCAUCAAAAAAGGACAUUCUUUUAAUAUUUCGGAAAUAUUACAUCCAAACUCGGGAACUAUCACUCACCAUUAUUCCACCCCUGUGUUCACAUACGGGAUGUCACCCAGAACAUCAUCGCCCCCACCCACAAGUUCAUCGGGGCUCGCACCCCUCCAGGCUUUGUGUGCCUCGGGGAUGUCGGCUUUCACGGCCCGGGGGUCAGGCGAGCAGGGGAGAGGGCAAAGUGACAGUUCAACAUCUAAUCAGCUCAAAUUUGGAAUUACCCGAAUUUUAUCUGAUGAUUUCGGAAAGGAUAAAAGUGAAAAAGCAUCAUCCCCGAAACGCUCACCCCCGACGAGCCCUGCCCGACCCCACCUGUGUCCAUGUAACAGCGUCACCUGCACCCCCGGGCACUACCCACAGAUGAUGUACCCAUCCUCCCUGUCUGCCGUACACGCCCUGCAACCCCCUCAAUACCCAAUGUCCGCCGGCUCAGACGCGCUGCCAGGUGAGCUAUUUUCAUGGCCGUAUUCGAUCCUCAGUGCAGACAAUGGGACAUCCGGGCAACCCAAGAGGAAGAGAUCUUGGUCACGUGCUGUCUUCUCCAACCUCCAGAGGAAGGGCUUGGAGAAGAGGUUUGAGGUGCAGAAGUAUGUGACGAAGCCUGACAGACGACAGUUGGCCGCCAUGUUGGGGUUAACGGAUGCACAGGUGAAAGUGUGGUUCCAAAACAGACGGAUGAAGUGGCGUCAUGCGCAGCAACAGAAAGCUAAAGACGACGAGGGUUCGCCAGAUGGCGAGACCGGAAGUAAGGAAGGCGAGGAAAGGGCACUAGACAAGGUUGAUAUCGAGGCUGACUCCGAAGAGGAAAGUGACGAGUGUGACAAAGAGGAGGAGAUUUCAAUAGACAGUGGGGUAGAGGAAACAGAUGUACCGUGUUCCAUGGUGAGCCAGGAAGAGAGUGCCAACUGAGACGGUCUCACAACAGUGUGUGUGUGCACAUCCAGCCAUCUCAACUCGUGGCAUUGUCGAGGAGAAGAGCACAGAUUGAGACCUUGUCCAAUGAGCGAUCGUCCCCUGAUCACGUGGAGCAUAUUUAUAACCCCAGUAACCUUCUGCAGGCAGAUUGCGUGCUGCACGUGCGUUACAUGCAAACUGUGAUAUAUGGCUGUGCAUAAAGCACCAUAGAGGACGAGUAUCAAUACAUGAAGACACAAACGUCACUUACGCAAUAUGAAAACUUUCGACGAUAGUAACUUUCUAUUUCGAUAUUUUCUGUCAAUUAUCCUGUUACAUAAGUUGCAACGAAUCUAUCCUCUAAAACCAUCUAUAUGUUGCUGUUAGUAUUUAUCUGAAUUUUAUUGUGUCAAAGCUUUUUGUGAAAGUUUAAGGUAUGGGAGUCCGGUAUAGAUUUUUAUGCUGGUGUGAUUGUCUACAUGCGAAAUGUUUUUGAAGCACAAAUACACGUAGGCAAUCACAUUCAGAUCGACAGUUGUAUAUAUAUUUGUAAAUACAGUCGAUGUUCAUAAAUAUGUUCUUGUAAAUAAAUUAUUGA